AUGCUGUCCUCGGGGUGGUUUCACCGAGAUCUCAGUGGGUUGGAUGCUGAGACUUUGCUAAAGGGCCGUGGAGUCCACGGAAGCUUCUUGGCCCGGCCCAGCAGAAAGAACCAGGGAGACUUUUCCCUCUCAGUCAGGGUAGGAGACCAAGUGACCCACAUUCGCAUCCAGAACUCUGGGGAUUUCUACGAUCUCUAUGGAGGAGAGAAGUUUGCCACAUUGACAGAGCUGGUGGAGUAUUACACUCAGCAGCAGGGCGUCCUACAGGACCGUGAUGGCACCAUCAUCCACCUCAAAUACCCACUCAACUGCUCUGACCCCACCAGUGAGAGGUGGUACCACGGCCACAUUUCGGGAGCCCAGGCGGAGACGCUGCUUCAGGCUAAGGGGGAGCCCUGGACGUUUCUGGUCCGCGAGAGCCUGAGCCAGCCGGGCGAUUUUGUGCUCUCGGUGCUCAGUGACCAGCCCAAGGCCGGCCCAGGCUCCCCACUCAGAGUCACUCACAUCAAAGUGAUGUGCGAGGCUAGCCGUUACACCGUGGGUGGUUCUGAGACCUUCGACAGCCUCACAGACCUGGUGGAACAUUUUAAGAAGACAGGAAUCGAGGAGGCCUCGGGGACCUUUGUCUACCUGCGCCAGCCCUAUUAUGCCACCAGAGUGAAUGCAGCUGACAUAGAGAACCGGGUCUUGGAGUUGAACAAGAAGCAGCAGGUAGAGGAGACAUCCAAGGCUGGAUUCUGGGAGGAGUUUGAGAGUCUUCAGAAGCAGGAGGUGAAGAACUUAUAUGAUCGGCAUGAAGGGCAGAGACCUGAGAAUAAAAGCAAGAACCGAUACAAGAACAUCCUGCCCUUUGAUCACACCAGGGUGAUCCUGCAAGGUCGGGACAGCAACAUUCCAGGGUCUGAUUACAUCAACGCCAAUUAUGUCAAGAACCAGCUGGUGAGCGCAGAGGAGAAUGCCAAGAUCUACAUCGCCAGUCAAGGUUGUUUGGACGCCACAGUCAAUGACUUCUGGCAGAUGGUGUGGCAGGAGAACUCCCAAGUUAUCGUCAUGACUACCCGGGAGGUGGAGAAGGGUCGGAACAAGUGUGUCCCUUAUUGGCCUGAAGUUGGGACCCAGCGAUCCUAUGGUCUAUACUCUGUUUUCAAUUGCAAAGAGCACGAUGCCCCUGAGUAUAAGCUCCGCUACCUGCAGGUCUCCCCCCUGGACAAUGGGAACUUGGUGAGGAAGAUCUGGCACUACCAGUACCUGAGCUGGCCUGACCAUGGGGUGCCCAGCGAGCCCGGGGGUGUCCUCAGCUUCCUGGACCAGAUCAACCAGUGCCAAGAGAGUCUGCACAAUGCAGGACCCAUCAUAGUACACUGCAGCGCUGGCAUCGGACGGACGGGAACCAUCAUCGUUAUUGACAUGAUCAUGGAGGCCAUUUCUACUAAAGGUCUGGACUGUGAUAUCGACAUCCAGAAAACCAUCCAGAUGGUCAGGGCGCAGCGUUCAGGGAUGGUGCAGACAGAGGCCCAGUACAAGUUCAUCUACAUGGCCAUCGCGCAGUUCAUCGAGACCACCAAGAAGAAACUGGAGGUCUUGCAGGCGCAGAAGGGGCAGGUGGAGUCCGAAUACGGGAACAUCGGCUACCCCCCAGCCAUGAAGAACGCCCAUGCCAAGGCCUCCCGGACCUCCUCCAAACACCUGGAGGAUGUGUAUGAGAACCUGCAGAGUAAGAGCAAGAAGGAGGAAAAGAUGAAGAAGCAGCGGUCAGCUGAAAAAGAGAAAAGCAAAGGAUCCCUGAAGAAGAAAUGACCGCUUAGGGAUGCUGUGCCUGAUCCCCAGCACCAGAGGACACCAGCUUCUUCCCCCACGCCUUCCCUAUGGGUAUUUAUUCCUUGGCUUCCCUCCUCCCUCCCUUUCAAUCAGUCCUUUUCUAAUUUAAUGGCUUUACCUCCGCCCCUGCCCCUCUUUGCCUACACUGGUCACUGUACAUAGCCCCCCGGAUGCCAAGGGGACCCCAGCUCUCCUCUGAGCUUGUAAAUAAAGCCCCCAGUGCCUCA